AUGAGUGACACUGGUGCUAGUUGCUCCCUCGUAAAAAAUUCAUCCAAGGUGAUUACAAACAGUCACGGUGACAAUCAUGAGUUAGAAUCGAGCAAAUAUAGCCGAAACCGGGACUUUGAUUGGCGAAAUGGAGUAGCGGGAGGGGUUGCAGGCUGCGCCGCUAAGACUAUUGUUGCUCCAUUGGAGAGAAUCAAGAUUCUCUUUCAAACGUCGAAUCCGCAUUUCCUGCGUUACUCAACCCGGUGGAAUGGGUUAAUCGAUGCUGCGAGUCACAUUCGAACGUCGCAUGGCAUACCUGCACUCUUCAAAGGUCAUUCAGCGAGCCUGAUCCGCGUUUUUCCCUAUGCCGGUAUCAACUUUCUCGCAUACGAACAACUCCAACGGGCAGUCAUCAUAUCACCGGAGACAGACACACCGUUCCAUCGAUUCCUCUGCGGGAGUACAGCGGGUGCCAUUUCUACCAUCAUCACAUAUCCCCUAGAGCUGAUCCGCAUCCGUCUUGCUUUUGAAACAAAACCGAGCAAAAGGUCAUUUUGGUUCAGGAUUGCUCGACAAAUUUACCUUGAACGGGGCGGGAAAGGUAGCAUUUUCAACCUUUAUCAAGGAAUUGGCCCGACUAUGCUAGGCAUACUUCCCUAUGCGGGCACAUCAUUUGUAACCCACGAUUUCAUGAGAGAUCAGCUGCGCUCACCGUUCUUUGCGCCUUACACGCUUGAAAAGGGAUCAUCCACUCGACUGACCGCAGUUGCACAGCUUGGUUGCGGAGCAAUCGCUGGCAUUGUUGCUCAAACGGUAGCUUACCCAAUUGAUAUCUUACGGCGGCGAAUGCAAGUCGGGAGUGUGGUUGGUAGUAGUUCAGGAAUUUCCGAGACAGCCCGGCGCGUAAUGCGGGAGAAAGGUGUUAGAGGUUUCUAUGUGGGCCUGACAAUUGGCUACGUGAAAAUGGCCCCAAUGGUGGCGAUGAGUUUCUAUGUCUACGAUCGAAUGAAGCGAUUGCUGGGCCUUAUCGAAUAAAGAUACUAUUGCUUUUCUACUGGUUCAACAGAAUGUUGAUGCUCACUGUGCACCGCCGAUUUCUUCACAGGUCGACACCAAUAUCUACGAUUCAAAAUUGGGAUUGCAACGAGCCAAUUGAUGUGGCACCAAAAUCCGCGUACCGCUUUCGC